GGGCGGCGCGCCGGCCUCGGGCAUCCGGGUUCCCCGAGCGCCGGGUGCGGGUGGAGGGGGUGCCCUUUGUGUUUUGCCGUCAGGCAGUGGGAUAUAGCCAAUGCAGAGAAUCAUCACUGCUCAAAUUCUGAACAUAAGUGACUGAAAGCUGAAAAAUGAAGCCUAAAACGAAGUACUCAACCUCCAAAAUUCCCCCAGCAAAGCUGAACAACACAACAGGCAAACCCCUGGUAAAAUCUUUCAAGCUAAAAAGAGCCCAACAGAAAACCAAAGAUAUCUGCCAUGUAUACUAUAUGAGGCUACGCUCUGGACUUACCAUUAAAAAGGAGGCCUAUUGCUACAAGAGAGAAACUACCAGAAGGUGUUUACUUAACACAGGUGGCAAACAUAAAGAAAAACAUCAGAAACUCUCUGACUACCUACAGCCUACUUUGCAGAGUUCCGUCUUUGAAAUAACCACAAUCCAAGAGCCAAGUAUCCGAGAAUCCUGCACUUCCCUGAGUACAUACAACGAUCAAUCUGUUAGUUUUGUCUUGGAAGAUGGAAGCUACGUGAUCAAUGUUGAAGACUUGGGAAAAAAUCAAGAGAAAGACAAGGUACUGUUGCGCUACUACGAGUCUCCAUACUCAAGUGAAUCAGGUGAUGUUGUCGAUGGUAAGAUGCUAAUGGUGAACCUGAGUCCCACGGACGACAAGGACAUCUGGCUGCAUGCCAACAACGAGGAGCACUCUGUGGAGCUCCAAAAGUGUGAAACCCCAUUGCCAGACCAGGCCUUGUUUGUUCUUCACAAAGAGUCCACCGAAUAUGUUUCAUUUGAAUGUAAGAAUAAUCGUGGAACGUAUAUAGGAGUAAAAGACAACCAUCUUGCUCUCAUAGAAGGAAAGAAUAUGAGCAAUGAAAAUAUCAUGUUUAAGCUCUCUUAAAUAGUGUGACAAAAAGCUGGGGGUUCUGAGUUGAAUGACCCAAAUGCUACCACAAGAGGAAGAA